CCUCGACCGGGUCAAGGCCGGGAUGACCAGUUUUGAUGCCACCUAGAACGUAGUCACUCCCAAUUGAAGUAUGCUGAUGAACGGUGAGGUUAGUGCACUCCACUCACGUAUAGGAUCUGAGCUUUUCCCAUUUGUUUGGUGUUUGCCAUUUGGUGAGAAAUCCAGAAUCUCCCCAUCAACAAUGAGCCGCAAAGAGUGGAAAGCAGAAAAUUAUUACUCCAAAGACUUCGAUUGGGAGCGACUGAGGGAAGAAGUGGAAACCGACCCUUCUCUUCACUUCCAUUUGCUCCCCGAAAAUACUCCCAAUCUAAAUGAUGAAGACUCUGCUGUAGCCUGGGAUAAGUUUCAUGCCCGUCAUUCCACCGGCAAGUUCUUCAAGGAGAGACGUUACUUGUUAAAGGAAUUUCCAGAACUAGCAUCUUGCGAGGACAAUUCUAAGGUUUUGGAGGUGGGCUGUGGUAAUGGGAGUACUGCUCUACCAAUAUUGUGUGGACGAGAGGGCAUCAUCUUAUAUGCCUGUGACUGUAGUAGCACGGCUCUUGAGAAGGCUAAAGAGAUAAUUAGUUCUGCCAACUCCCUGUCUGCUAACGCUCGUUUUAACCCAUUCCUUUGUGAUUUCUCAACAACUGGGUUUCCUUCGUGGUUGGCCUGCAAUACCUGUACAAGCAGAUGUAAUGGGAUAGAUGCUUUUAACUCAUUAUGCCCCGAUGGAACCAAAUGCUGCAUUGGUGGAGUAGAUUUUGUUACUUUGAUAUUCACUUUAUCAGCCUUACCGCCUGACAGGAUGCCUAAGGCCAUUGCACAGUGUUUUGCAGUUCUAAAGCCAGGUGGCCUGCUUUUAUUCAGAGAUUAUGGUCUGUAUGAUAUGACCAUGCUUCGAUUUGAGCCUGAAAAUAGAAUAGGAUAUCGAGAAUACUUGCGUUCAGAUGGAACUCGGUCGUAUUUCUUCUGCUUGAAUACUAUCAGAAGUUUGACUACUGCCGCAGGUUUCACUGUGCUCGAGCUUGAAUACUGCUGUGUUAGGUCAGUGAAUCGCCGGAAAGGGAAGAUCAUGAACAGAGUAUGGGUUCAUGGGAAGUUUCAGAAGCCCACAGGAUACCUCAAGAAAUCAGAAGAAAACAAAGCCAAAAACGAUAAGGAGAGACUAGACAGUUAUUACAAGCGCAACUACAAAGAUUACUUCGGCUUGUUAGAAGGAGAGUUGAAGCAGAAGAAAGAACUUUCUGAAUCAGAAAACGACAUUCUUGAAUGGCUUGAGCGCAAUAGAGAUAAUUAAGACACUGGUUAUCAAUCUAUCAGCCGAUGGAUAAAAUAAUCAGUCCUCUCUCAAGAUAAGGCCUGAUUAAUUUGGUUGCAUCUGCAGACAAUAGAUGAAUGUAUGUUGCGAAUUAUUUACUAGUUGUUGUUGCUGUAUUUUGCUACACAUUUGCCCAUAAAAUUGUGAUGGUUGAGCAUAAUGUUGCUUCCCCACAAGGCCACAAACUUUUACGUACUUUCAGCAAAGUUGAUAAUGUGUAUGUGUGAAUUAUUAAAAUUGCAAAAUAAAUUACAACAUUUAUUAUUAUUAUUAGAUAAAU